AUGGAAAGUUCCUCAAGAGCGACAACCACUUUUCAAUUAGUUCGAGGCAAGCACGGUCGAUGUUUGGUUUAUUUCGGUGGUUAUGUCUAUCACAAAAAUAAAAGUUGUUCGAAUAUUCAUAGUCGUAUGUAUUGGAAAUGUAGCAAAUCGCAAGCCCUUGGAUGCAGGGCAAGGGCACAGACUUUAGGAAAUGUGAUCAGGACAACUGGUCCAGGACACAAUCAUCCUCCAUCUGGAGAUCUGAAGUUGAUGUUCAAUUUGGCUGAUCUUCAACGAAUCAAUCAAACUUGCCGAGGUUGUGGAAAUAAAUACCACCUGGUGAAGAAUAUAUUGGAACACGUCAAAGGUGUCGAUUGUGAAUAUAGAUACUUAUUUCAAUGUGCUUUAUGUCCACAUUCGAGUUUUAGAGGGUUCUGGAAAUAUCCACAGUCAUCAGAUUUGGGAUUUGCUUGUCCUAAUUGUGGAAAAAGAUAUAAAACUUUGAAUUAUCAAAGGCAUCAUACGAAAUUUGAAUGUGGCAAAGAUUUUCGAUUCAAGUCCCUCGCAGCCAAGCCCCUGGUCGAACGCUGGUGGAACUUCGUAAGUCUGGCUCGCCGCGGCGUCACAGCAGCAGCCGUGCCUGACCUGGCGACUCUUGCCGCAGCAGGUGCUGGUGUUGGCUUCAACCCUUCUGCCGUGAUGAGGAAACAGCGAGAACGCAGACACGGGGUAGUUACCGCCACUGGAUCUGUGGUAUACCCCUGCGAAAAAUGCGGCAAAGUUUACAAACACUCUGUCAGCAAAAUCAGACAUACCAAAUUCGAAUGUGGGAUGGAACCUAUGUUCAAGUGUCAGCAUUGUCAUUAUGCUGCUCAUCAGAAAAGCACUUUGAAGAACCAUGUUAUGAAUAAGCAUACGCGUUUCCAAAUGGUAGUCUUCAAACCCUACCAAUGUCCAGAUUGUGGGAAUUGCUUUGCAUCUCGUCAAAGUCGUUAUAUGCAUAAAAAAUUCAAAUGCGGAAAAGAAACCGGCGAAUUUUCUUAUAAAACUGCUGUACUAAGUGGACUCUUCAAUGAUGCCCCAUAUACAUGUAGCAACUGCCAGAAAGUCUACAGAUACAAAAAGACAUUAUUACUUCAUUUGCGUUACGAAUGUGGCAAAGAACCUCAAUUUCAAUGUCCAUAUUGUUUUUAUAAGUGCCAUCAGAAAGGAAAUUUAUUAACUCAUAUGAAAACUUGUAAAAUUUACAAGCAAGAAAUUUGCCACAUGUUCACAUCCUACUCAAAAAAGAAGGUCCGUCUACUAAAGUUAGAAAAUAUUGCAAAGGAUGUUAUGCCAAGAAAGUCGUCAAUUUCUCGAUAUGGAUUUCCAGCACCGCCUCAAUCACAUCAUGAUGGUGUGUAUCAUGUAUGUCCACAAUGUUCUCGAUCUUACAAAUAUAGUUGGAACUUGACUAAGCAUUUAAAAUAUGAAUGUGGAAAAAUGCCACAAUUCAAAUGUGAUCGGUGUGGACACAGAUUUCAUCAGAAAGGGAAUAUGAAAGCUCAUAUGAGAAGUUGUGUGGGCAAAAAUAAAUUCUCGCAGGUUACUCAAUAG